AUGACACAGCCUGCUUCUUGGAAACAGCCCACACUCACAGUCUCCUCUGAAAAGUAUGCAAAGCUUGUCUACGAAUCAACACAACAACUCCAUCAAUCCCUUCAACCUGACUUGUCGGCAUUGAAUCGACGUGCCAUUGGAUUCGGAAAGUGCGUCAACUACGAAUCGGCUUUUCGAGAUGCCCACCUCAUACAGCAACUCUCACCUUCUUCAGCACUUGGAUACUUGUGUGAAGCUACUAUUUACAGCGAACAAGGGAAACAGCUUCAGGUGAUUGAUAUUUGCAACAAAGGACUCAGCAAGGUUGACACCAGCGAUACGCACUAUGCCACACUACUUCAAGCCAAGGUCGAUGCUAAGCAACAGCAAGACACACGUAUCGACUUUAUCAGCCAACUACCAAACGACAUUGUCAUUACAAUACUCGUUCCUAUGAUCAUGGAGAAUAACGUUGUGAAGACAUUCGCACCAUGUCCCUAUUUCCAAGUGAGCAAUGUGUGGAGCAAUUGUAUCAUUGAAUGCUUCAAAGGGUUACGUUUCAUGGUGGAAGAAGAUGAUGACAUGUCACACGUUAUUCAGUUUGCUGAGCACACAAAGUCCUUGCAUGUUUCAGGCUACUUUGAAGGAACCUGGCUAGGUGACUUGAUUGGUGGCAACGCAUUUUCAUCGUUACAGCAGAUAGUCAUUUGCAGCUUCGGAAGCGGCAACAUUGACCACUUUGUAUCAUCAUUGCGCCACGUCAGCAGCACUUUGACCGAUUUGGAAUUGGAUAUGGAUGAUGGACCUGAGCUACGCGCACCUGAUGUUAUGAUGGUUUGCCCCAAUCUUAUUUCGCUCAGCAUAAUGAAUCCGCUGGAUGGCAAUAUCAAUGUUCAACAAAUGACAACAUGGCCGACUUUGACGACAUUAUCUCUCAACGACGCACGCAAUCCCAUCACCUGUGAUCAGAUAAUCCACAUAUGGAAGCGAUGGCCAAGGCUCAAAAAGCUUGAACUUUCACCAUGCACCGACAUUCAAUCCACACUUAUUGUCUCAGAGUAUAGCCCAUCAAUGAACUGCAUUGAGCUUUGGAUGUAUGAUUCGAUCCUUACGCUGACCUUUUUGGAUGAAGGAAACCAAGCCCAUGGGAUCACAGAGAUGAACAUCGAUUCAAGUACAUUGGAAGACGAUAUCUGCAAGGAUACAACCUCUAUCGUAAAGCAACACCACAACACACUUGAACACCUUCGAUGGGAUAUCGAUACCAGUUGGGACACCGAGAAUAUUGAGCAUUUUCAAUUCCCUCGUCUCAAGGUUCUUCAGAUCGGGGUUUCUGGAUGGCAUAUACCACGCAAUGCACCCGUGCUUGAAGAGUUGAUGUUGACAUCGAGAACCAUCCGCGCACAUCCUGCUGUACUUGCCAUGAUACCACCACGCUUGACAAAACUCGAUUUAAUGCUUGAUGACGAUGUUGAAGGAGCACACCCUAUCGCCCCAGCAACCAUUGUACACUACCUCGAUCGCAUUGCUCAGCACCACCAGCUAACAGAACUUGUGAUCUAUUUCGAUAACGAGCAGCAAAACAUUGCCGGGAUGCUUGACGCUAUUUAUCAUCUUGACCAACUUGAAUGCCUAAAGAUCAGUUUUAUGGAGGAUUUGGAUUCCCAUGAAAUGGACCGAUUUUUGGAUGGGCUUGUCAAAGCAUGUCGUCGUUUAGUCUGCCUCGAGUUGAAAUGCACAAGUGCACCAUCGAUCCAUGCCAUCCAUACCCUCAACAAGCUUCGACAUUUGAACCAGCUUGCAUGCCCCAUUUUCGGCACCGAUGAUGCUGACCGCUUUUGGAAUACCAUUCGGACAUUUACCCAGCUCAAGCACAUUACAAUUUACCCUGCCUCUGAAGUCAAGGAUCAACAUGUCAAAGACCUCAAGCAUCGUAGACCAGAUAUGAAAAUCGAUGUAGCAAUGUUUAGUAUUUACUUUUGA